UCAUCAUGUGAUUAUUAUCGAAAAAAUUUUAUGAUCACGUAAAAAAAUUGUCUACAACUCACACACACACAUAUGAUGAAAUAAGAAAUUAUGCUGUUGUCGAUCAAAUCAAUCGAUUUAUCUCUUUGAUUAUACACACACACACACACUGAAAAACUCACUUUAUAUAUCGGUGACAAUUAUUAUUAAGUUAAUCACUCAUCAUCAUCAUCAUCACAAUAUGACUGUAAAUUUUUUUUUUCUUUAAACUAAUUUUCUCUUCUAAUGGACCUAUUUAAUUGUGCAUAUCAUAUUCAAUUCAAUUGAUUUAUUGAUUGAUUUGAUUAAUUAAUUGGGUCAGCAUUGAUUGAUUGAGCAUCGAUCCAAAAAAAAAAAAAUUUAAUCCCAUUGUCAUUUGAAUCUUAUACCUGUGCAUAUAUAUAUUAUCAUCACUGUCAAUCCACAACAAAUUAGCUAAUCAAAAUAAAAUAUAAACAAUGUCCAUUUGUCAUUGUGAUAAAAGUGGUGAAUUAAUUUGGACAACAAAUAAUUGCCAUCUAUUUAAAUAUAGAAAUCGAAUCGAUACAAAACCAGUGCAAUUGAAUGUAACCAAUAUAGGCAUACAUUUAAUAAGAUCAUCAUCAUCUGAACAUUGUUCAUCAAAUUCAACAACACCAUCAUCGAAAUUUAAUCAAUGUUAUCAUUUUGAUCAAAUUGCUCGAUGUACAUUGAUGACCAGCAACAACAACAACAACAACAAUGAUGAUGAUGAUGACAAUGAUGAUGACGAUGGUAAUAAUAUCGGUAGUCAAGGUCAAUUACAACAACGGGAACAGCAACAACAACAAAAACAAAAGCGAUCAUUAUUAUUGAUAUCAUGUUGUAGACCAUUUUCAUCUGAAUCAAAAUUAAAUUCAUCAAAUUAUAAUGUACAAUUAGAAGAUAAUCAGGUUGUACUUGAAUUCUUUGUCUUUCACCGAAAACAAUCUACCAUUGGUGGUGGUGGUGGUGGUGGUGGUAAAAUUCAACGUAAACAAGUAUUAUUAUUAAUAGCCAAAAGUAGCAAUUAUGAAGAAAAUUUAGCUGAAGCAUGUACAAUAUUGGAUAAAUUGGAUCCACUAAUCAAUAAAGGUCAUGCAAUCAAAUAUUCACAAUCGAAACCCUUAUUAAUUAUGAUGAAUCCUGCUAGUGGUGAAAGAAAAUCUGUAAAAUUGUUCAAUGACCAUGUUCAUCAAUUGUUGGAUGAUUGUAAUGUUAAAUAUCAUGUUCUAACGACUAAAUAUGCUAAUCAUGCAAUGGAUUUUAUACGACAUCAUAAUGAUCUUGUUGGAUCUUAUUCGGCUAUUGUUACUAUUUCUGGUGAUGGAUUAUUGUUCGAGGUUCUCAAUGGAUUUGUUUAUUCACUUGAACGUUCUACGACAAUGCCAAAAAAAAUUUCUCUUCCAAUUAGCAUCAUUCCCGGUGGUUCCGGUAAUGGAUUAGCCUGUUCACUUAAUAACAUUUAUACAAAUGGCGGUAGAACAAUGUUCAAUAAACUAAUUGAAUCAACAUUACAUACGAUCAAAGGUCAACCAACGCCAAUGGAUUUGGUUCGAAUUACAACAACGACAAAUCAAAUUUAUUAUUCAUUUCUAUCAUUCGGUUGGGGGUUGAUGGCCGAUAUUGAUAUUGAAUCCGAACGUCUUAGGUUUCUUGGUGAACCCAGAUUCACAAUAUGGUCGGUAUAUCGAAGUUUAGCAUUAAAACGUUAUCGUGGUAGAUUAAGCUAUUUACAUAAGGAUUCAGUUUGCCAAGAAAUUUGUCCAAUAAAUCAACCAGUUACCGAUCAAUGGACUACUAUUAAUGAUGAAUUUAUUAUUGUUUAUAGUGCCUAUCAACAAUAUCUAAGUUCAACUGUUAAAUUUUCACCAGAUUCUCAAUUAGAUGAUGAAAUCAUAUAUUUAUUAUAUAUAAAUGGUUCAGUUUCCUCUUGUCAGGUGAUUGAAUUUUUAUUGGCACUAGAAGAUGGUUCACAUACAAAAUUGCCAUUUGUACAUUUUAUUCCAUGUAAAGCAUUCCGUUUAACACCUGAAGGUCAUGAUGACAUAAUGACCAUCGAUGGUGAACAGAUACCAUGUUCAACAAUACAGGCUGAAAUUAUGCCAAAAGCUGUUUCAAUAUUGUUACGUAAUAACAAUGGUUGUUAGAAAAAAAAACAAUAAUAAUGAUGAUGAAUGAAUGAAUGAAUGAAUGAUAAUAAAUUGUUUCCAUUUUAA